UUUUUAAUCCAACUCCCCCCCCCCUGUUGAUGUCAACUUUCGAAGGGAUCCUCUCUCCACCAAAUUCCUCAGCAGACCGCGACGAUGACCGGACUCGCCUUCUGCCCUGCCGAUCUCCGCCUCUUCUCGCCGGAGCCCAAGAGUUUCACCCUCUACAUCUCUCCAUCUCCCUCCUCCCUUCGAUGCUCCAUCCCCUUCUCCCUCAGAUCUCUGCGCUCCCCUCCUCCCGCCAAAUUCCUUCCCAUUUGCUGCCAUGGAACCUCCCGAUCCGGCCUCGGCGACGAUCCCAAUCUCGACUUUCUUGAAGCUUCUGUCCUCGUUUCAGAGACGACUAUGCAUUACAAAAUGCGGAGGCAAGGAUUUCGUGAAGAUUCAAUUUGGCAGUUUUCUAGGCGUUCACCUCCGUUCGCCAUAAGAGCCAGUGAAUCCAGAGUCGGUGUUUCCACGAUCGCACUUGGCUUUCUCCGCCGCUUUAAAUACCCCACAAUUUUUUUGAAGAUCUCUUGUGAUGGUGACUAUUUGCUACCCAUUAUCGUAGGAGAUGCUGCUGUCGAGAAACUACUGCAUUCUUCGCCGGAAAAUGAGAAUGAGGAAUGCCCUGAUCAGUAUGAGUUUGUGGCUGCCGCUGUGGACAAAUUUGGAUAUGAAGUCCAAAUGGUGAAGAUUACGAAUAGAGUUGUCAACACAUACUAUGCAAAACUCUAUCUUGGCAAGCGAGGAAACAACGAUCUUAUAAGCAUUGAUGCACGGCCUUCAGAUGCCAUAAAUAUCGCAAAAGCAUGCCAGGCUCCAAUAUAUGUAAAUAAAGAAAUUGUCUUGACAGAUGCUAUUAGAAUUGGUUAUGGAGGCAGAUCGCAGAGCACAAAGCCUAUUUUCGAUGUCAUCCUUGACAGUGCUCCUGAAGGACCAGAUCCAUUGUCGGAGGAGCUUAAGCUAGUGAGAAAUAUGAAUUUGGCGGCUGAAGAGGAACGGUAUAGCGAUGCAGCCAUGUGGAGAGACAGAUUGAAGGAACUCUGGAAUUCCACCAUGUUAAGGACAGAAAGCAGUUCAAUAGAUGCUGACAGCUACGACUAAGUGAAGCAUUUAAAAACUAUAGGCCAAAGGAAUGAAAUCCCUGAUCUAUGCACCAUAAGGAGUAUGAUUAGGGAAAAAUAAACAUAUGUAUGUACACAUUAUAUGUAAUUCUAAAAGAAAGGGGAUGGUUGGAACGAAGUGGUUCGUGCCAACUGGAGAGAAAGAGGCAGAGGUUGUGGGCAGGGAAGAAGAGGGUACGACUCUGUAACGUUGGUCGUAUGUAAAUGCCCUUUGGUUGCAUUGUUAGUAUGGGCCCUUGGACGGUCGUUUCAGGGGGGGGGGGACAAUGGGCUUCCCAAAGUAUAUAUCCAUCCAAAACUGGUUGCCUAUGAACUCUGUAGAUCAAUCAGGUAUGGAUAUUUGCCGUGGAAAUAUUCAUGUCAGUAUGUUGAGGGCCUUUGGUACGUUUUGAGAGUGGUAGUAGCAGCAGGUCUUAGUAUAUGAUAUUGAUUUUAGGUCUCGAAGGGGAACUGCCACUCUUCUCCAAAAUUUUAAAGAGAGAGAUAGAGGAGGUGCAAAAGAGAAACUCUAGCUUGGAUCUUUCGCCUUGGACCAUACGUAAACAAUAGCCCUUUAUGUGCCUCUUUGUAUUGGAAAACUUUUUGGAUUGACAAGAUCGAUCUGUGUAUUUAUAGAAUCUUGAUCGGUGUCUUUGUACA